AUGGCACCCGGGAUGCAGUCCAUGGAGCAGCUGAACUAUGUGAGCUCCGUGCAGAUCAAGGAGCAGGUGCGCAUCGUGGAAGCUCUCACUGCUGCUCUCGGGCAAGAGAUCGAGAUGGCAAACAAGUAUCAGAUUUUGGAUUCGAAGACGGGCCAGGAGAUAUUCUUUGCCGUGGAGCAGACCGACUGUCUCACGAUGCAACUCAAGCAGUGCUGCCCCGACUGCGCGGCCUGGAACGUGGACCUCCUGUACCAGCAGACUCCAGCCUUUAAGCUGGAACGGAAUUGGACGCUCACAUGCUGCUGCUUCAACCGGCCUGUCCUGUAUGUGAAGGACCUGCAAGGCGUCCCCAUCGGCGAGGUGGAAGAUCCAUGCACUUGCUGCAACCUUGUCUUUCAUGCCAAGGAUCACCAGGGCAGCGACUUGGUCACCAUCGACGGCGGCUGCUGUCAACUGGGGCUCUGCUGCCCCUGUCCAUGCGGCCCCUGCGCGGAGGUGAAGUUCGAGAUCCAGGAUCCCAGUGGACGGCAGAUCGGCGAGAUCAUCAAGCGGCUCUCCUGUUGCAAGUGGAUGAUCCAAGACGACGUGGACAACUACCACAUCGAGUUCGGAGAGGUCGGUCAUCCAGCUGCAAAGCUUAUGGUCAUGGCUGUUGCCAUCUUCAUGGAUUUCAAGUAUUUCAGCACCAGCUCUCGAGAUGACAAUGGCGGUAUUAUCGGUGAAGUCCUGGAUUCAGACUAG